AUGCUGCGGAAUUUUCGGGGUAAGACGAUCCGGAUUUUGCAUAAUGAGCUGAGCCAUUACCGCCGCAGAGCUGAUGGCAUCCGUGACUACUUUUCCGCUAACCCUGGCGUACUGGCCUGUUUAUCCGAAACUCCACUCUGUCCGGGGGGAGCGUUGGAUAUUAUGUUCAAUGCCAGGCACGAAGAGCCCCAAGCUGGUGAAGACGACUGCACAGCGACUAUUGCCGGGGCCCUGACGGUCGGCGCAAUGGCGGAGGGGGCCGGCAACGAUGGAGUCGAUCUGCUGCCAGGGGGUCUGAUGAACGGGCUCGGAUUAAAUCUCAGCAACUUCGAUAAGGCGUUGCUAACGCCUGGGCUGACGGUCGACUUGUUGAUGCAGGAGAAUGUCCACCUAAAACGCCAGAACAAAGAGGCCGAAAACAGGAUGGCUGAAGUACAAGUAGGCUCGUCAUGCAUGACAUGCUCGGUUGCCCCUCACCGACCAGAUUUGCCUGGUAACUUUGGCACUUUAGUCGCAGUCUGGCACCGACCGGCUCCGGUCUAA